AUGGCCUAUAACAACAUCAGUGGUAACAUACCACCAGAGUUUGCACAUUCAACUCAACUACAAAGGCUUGAUCUUUCUUCCAAUAAUUUGGUAGGUGAAAUCCCAAAGGAGUUUGGGAAGAUGAAAAGUAUGUUGAAUUUGUCCUUGGCUAAUAACCAACUUUCAGGUAUUAUACCUCCACAGCUCGGAUCUUUAGAACUCCUUGAAGUACUUGAUCUAUCUACAAAUAGAUUGAAUGGGUCAAUACCAACAAAAGCUGAUUUAUCUCAGAAUUUCCUCACAGAAGAGAUACCAUCUGAAGUUCAAAGUUUGAAAAAUCUACAAAAGUUGAAUCUUUCUCACAAUAGACUAUUUGGUUCUAUUCCUAACGAUUUUACAAGUUUGCCUAGUGGGAUUGACAUUGACCUGUCCAUAAAUAAGCUCACAGGUCCAGUUCCGCUUUGCUCCAACUUUGUGAAUGCAUCCUUACAAGGUAAUCCAGCUGUUAAGAAACUUCACUCAUCAUGUGAGAAUGUUGAUCAUACUGGAUUCCUUAAUGAGAUACGAGCAUUAACAAAAAUAAGGCAUCGAAACAUAGUAAAACUUUAUGGAUAUUGCGCACAUGCCCGCCACUCAUUUUUGAUUUAUGAAUACCUUGAAAAGGGAAGCCUUGGAUCAAUCUUAAGAAGUGAUCUUUUAGUAACAGAACUAGGUUGGUUGAAAAGGGUAAAUAUUGUAAAGGCUGUAGCUAAUGCUUUGGAUUAUAUGCAUCACGACUGCUCACCUCCUAUAAUUCAUAGAGACAUUUCCAUUGCCAACAUCCUUCUUGAUUCUGAUUAUGAGGCACAUAUUUCUGAUUUUGGCACAUCCAAGCUUUUAAAGCUAGACUCAUCCAAUUGGACCGCAAUUGCAGGCACCUAUGGCUAUAUCACGCCAGAGCUUGCUUAUACAAUGGUCGUGACCGAUAAAUGUGAUGUGUAUAGCUUUGGGAUUAUUGCACUAGAAGUGAUAAUGGGAAAGCAUCCUGGUGAACUACCAACAUUGUCUGCUGAUUAUCUGGUGUCAUCAAAUGUUGGAGAUAGUCGUAUUCCACUACCUUCACCACAAGUCGAGAAAAAAGUGAAUUUGGUACUGAAUCUCUCAAGAGCAUGUUUGAACUCGAAUCCAAAAGAAAAGCCAACAAUGCGCCAAGCUUCAAAUCUGUUGAUGAAGGCUUGA